AUGCAGUUUUUCGUUCUGCCGAAGCUCACUAUAUCGUUGCCUACUGCCAGCUUCAAUCCGUCGGAGUGGAACCUUCCCGAGUCAUCGUUCCUAGCAGAUCCAGACUUCUACCAAUCUGGUCCGGUAGACGUAAUCAUCGGGGCAGAAUACUAUUUGGAUCUUUUGGAGGAUGGACAGCUAAGGGCAACGGACAAAAGACCCACAUUGCAGAAUACUGUAUUUGGGUGGAUCGUGUCUGGUCGAGUACCGGAUAGCCCAAUCAACGAUUCGCGUUCCGUUACUAAUGUCUGCUCAACUGCUGAGUUACAUGACCAGCUAACCAGAUUCUGGGAAGUCGAAACCUGUCGAACCAUCAGCACACAUUCCGUAGAAGAAUCAGCUUGCGAGGAUUUAUUUGCGAAGACAACUGUACGCGACGAAAACGGGAGAUUCAUCGUCACUCUGCCGAAAAAGGAUUUCCUCAUCGAGAAACUUGGCGAAUCAAGAUCCACUGCAGUACGAAGACUGCUUAGCUUGGAUCGUAGAUUUUCAGCAAACCCCGAGCUGAGGAAUAUGUACUCGGAAUUUAUUCAGGAGUAUCUGGACAUGGGACACAUGGUUGAAGUUUUCGAAGAGAAUGCUGACAAUGGAGUUGGAUAUUAUAUGCCACAUCAUGCAAUUCUGAAGCCCGAAAGCACUACAACGAAGCUGCGAGUAGUCUUUGACGCCUCCUGCAAAACGUCAACAGGAGUCUCGUUAAAUGAUGCUUUAAUGGUCGGACCUGUCGUACAGGAUGAAUUGGUCAACAUAAAUCUACGCUUUCGUCUCCAUCGCUUUGCAGUCGUAGCUGAUGUUGCCAAAAUGUACCGCAUGAUUGGUGUAUGUGGCCCAGAUCGGAAACUCCGGAAGAUUGUAUGGUUGGGUCCCGACAAUCAAAUCAUCCGAACGUUUGAAUUGACCACCGUAACUUACGGAACCGCAUCCGCUCCCUAUCUGGCUACAAGGUGUCUGCUGAUGCUAGCAGAAGAUGGAAAGCAGUCACAUCCAGUAGCGGCAGCAGUGCUGAAACACGACUUCUAA